AUGGCAACCAACGAUCCAACCCCCUUCCAAUCCAUCCCCUGGGUAUCAGGGCUUCUCAAAGAUCCCUCCUUCAAAACCGUCACCAUUGCCUCAAGAACAGUCAAAUCCUCCACGGAAGACAACCUCUUCUCAAAAACACUCAAUACAAACACAACAUUGUCCGCUUGUCUCAGCCAAUACCGUCCACCAUCUUCCACCAACACUUCUACCCCACAAAAUCCACUCGGCGAAGAACUGCGCGUGUUCUUCCUCGUCGGGUCUGAUCUAAACGGAUACCCAGGUAUCCUACACGGUGGUAUCGUUGCCACGCUGCUAGACGAAGUUACUGGUCUCUUGUUAUCUUUGCAAGGUCAUGUGGGCGAUGCUUCGGCUCGCGAGGCGAAAGACGCUCAACCAGGUCCCGUGACUGCGUACUUGAAUACCAAGUUUAUAGGUCCUGUGCCGACGCCGGGGGCGAUCCUUGUACAGGCGAGGAUGAUUGAGGUGAAGGAGAAUCGGAAGUGGAGGAUCGAGGGGCAGAUUCGGGAUGGAAAGGGUCUGGUUCUUGCUGAGGCUGAGGCGUUGUAUGUUAAACCGAGGGCUAAGAUUUAG